AUGAGGCCCCACGCACCCCGGCCUCCAACACGAGGCCCACGCACCCCGGCCUCGCCUCCAACACGAGGCCCACGCACCCCAGCCUCGCCUCCAACACGAGGCCCACGCACCCCGGCCUCCAACACGAGGCCCACGCACCCCGGCCUCCAACACGAGGUCCACGCACCCCGGCCUCCAACACGAGGCCCACAUACCCCGGCCUCCAACACGAGGCCCACGCACCCGGCCUCCAACACGAGGCCCCACGCACCCCGGCCUCCAACACGAGGCCCACGCACCCCGGCCUCACCUCCAACACGAGGCCCACGCACCCCGGCCUCCAACACGAGGCCCACGCACCCCGGCCUCCAACACGAGGCCCACAUACCCCGGCCUCCAACACGAGGCCCACGCACCCCGGCCUCCAACACGAGGCCCACGCACCCCGGCCUCCAACACGAGGCCCACGCACCCCGGCCUCACCUCCAACACGAGGCCCACGCACCCCGGCCUCCAACACGAGGCCCAUGCACCCCGGCCUCCAACACGAGGCCCACGCACCCGGGCCUCCAACACGAGGCCCACAUACCCCGGCCUCCAACACGAGGCCCCACGCACCCGGCCUCCAACACGAGGCCCACGCACCCGGCCUCCAACACGAGGCCCACAUACCCCGGCCUGGAAGACACAGGCCCACCUCAGCCGUGUAGACCCCGGGCCUGCGGUGCAGACCAAGCCUCAGAGACCCAGAUACCCAGACUUCCACGCCUCGGUUCCACUGUACACCAAGGGCCCCUGACUCACAGGACUAUCGUGCGACGUCAAUAA